UGACCCCGAUCGCAUAUUCCCCCUUAGCGCUUUGUAAUUCGGCAAUAGCAGCUGCCUCCUGCCCCUCCCAGCAAACAGCGCCUCCUCAAAGUUUGCUUUCUGUACUUUAAACCAGCAUUGCACUGGCUGUAGCGCUUCUUGCCGAGAUCUGUAGAGGAAAACAGCAGAAAGAAAACGUCCCGGGGCGACCUUACGAGGAAAGGAAUAUAUGCAGUGUUGGUUUUAAAGUGAACACGAAAAAAAGCAGGGGAAGCUGAAUUUGAUGCAUCAGCCUGGGAACUUCGCCCUCACUAUGAGGGAUCUGAGCUGAUGCAGGGACACGAAUUAUUUUAAUUUAAUGUACUAUACUGCAGCUUUGUAAGCAAGUAUAUUUUAUUUGGGGAUCCAGGGCAUUCGCUAAGUGGUACCAAUUUUAAUUGGAGAACCGGUGGCAGCAUAAUAUUAGUAAAUACAGCAUGGUUUCGAUAUCAAAUAAAAAUAUCCCUGCACUGUUUCUUGCGUGGAGCUGCUGUGUCCUGGCCGAAACAGUCUUCAUGAACUUCACUUUAGACAAUGAAGUGCACUCGAGUUUCAUCCACCGACGCUUGAAGAGCCAGGAGCGCCGGGAGAUGCAGCGUGAGAUCCUCUCCAUACUGGGGCUACCGCACCGACCCCGGCCUCACCUUCACGGCAAGCACAAUGCAGCCCCGAUGUUCAUGCUGGACCUGUACAAUGCCAUGUCCACGGAAGGAGGCGAGGACGGCUACUCGUACCCUUACAAGCCCGUCUUCACAACCCAAGGGCCACCUGUUGCGACGCUGCAGGACAGCAACUUCCUUAACGAUGCCGAUAUGGUCAUGAGCUUCGUCAACUUAGUGGAGCAUGACCGCGAGUUCCUGCCCGUGCGGCGGCAUCACCGUGAGUUCCGCUUCGACCUGUCCCGGAUCCCUGAGGGUGAGGCUGUCACCGCCGCAGAGUUCCGCAUCUACAAGGACUUUGUGCACGAGCGCUUCGAGAACGAGACCUUCCGCGUCCGUGUUUACCAGGUGCUGGAGGAGCAUUCAGACAGGGAAUCAGACUUGUUUCUCCUGGACUCGCGCGUCAUGUGGGCAGCAGAGGAAGGCUGGCUGGUGUUUGACAUCACCGCCACCAGCAACCACUGGGUUCUCAACCCGGGUCGGAACCUUGGACUGCAGCUUUCAUUGGAGAGUGUAGAGGGUCAGAGUGUGAACCCCCGAGUAGCAGGGCUCAUUGGCCGCAGCGGCCCCCAGAGCAAGCAGCCUUUCAUGGUGGCCUUCUUCAAAGCUACUGAGGUGCACAUCCGCAGCAUCCGCUCUGCUACCAACAAGCAGCGAAACCCCAACCGCACCAAGAACUCCAAGGGCCAGGAGGCACUCAGGGUCACCAACCUGGCAGAGAAUAGCAGUGCUGAUCAGAAACAGGCCUGCAAGAAACAUGAACUCUACGUCAGCUUCAGAGAUCUGGGGUGGCAGGACUGGAUUAUUGCACCAGAGGGUUAUGCCGCUUACUACUGCGAGGGGGAAUGUGCCUUUCCUCUCAACUCCUACAUGAAUGCCACCAAUCACGCCAUUGUGCAGACACUGGUCCACUUCAUAAAUCCGGAGACUGUACCCAAGCCUUGCUGUGCUCCUACCCAGCUCCACGCCAUCUCUGUGCUCUACUUCGACGACAGCUCUAACGUCAUCCUGAAGAAAUACCGCAACAUGGUGGUGCGAGCCUGCGGCUGCCAUUGACCCGCUCCCCCCCCCCCCCCCCCACCCACAGAGCACACUUCUUGAGAAGGUUGGGCUGGCAGAGAGGUAAAGGAAACGGACGCCUUCACACACGCAAGUCUCGAUGAGUCUCGUCUACCUGCCAGGCUGCCCAGCUAAUCCGCCUCCCUUUUUGCUCUCACAAACCGGCACGGCCAAAAGAACAUAUUUCCAUCCUAUUUUUUUUAUUUUUAUUUUUUUUACAUUUUCAACGAAGGUCCACCUAUGGCUAGCAGAGAUCAUCGCAUCCUGUCACCCCAAAGAGAAACUGGAUUCAUUUGGGCCAAAGGAUGCUGACUGAUAUGCGCUGAAAGACCUGCACACUGAAGCCUUCUUAAGAUGACGCUCAAGAUGGAAUUCACUCACACGCUACCCUGUGUGGAUGCUAUGGAUGAAUGUGCUACCUGCCUAUCAGAAGACAUACCUAGUGGGAGAGUCUGUGUGUCACCGCUACCUGCAGUGGUUCCACUCUAGCAAAACUGCUUGUUGAUUGACACAUCGCUGGAGGAGAUGAUCAGAAUCAGAAACAUACCGGAACUGUUUAUGGUCGUGCCAAACACGAAGUAGAGGACAUACAGGAGAAAACGGGAUACACAUCUCUUUAUGUUGAAUCUACUGUUUUUCCGUUUCAUUUCUAUUUCAGUCAUCCAGCUAAAGUUUCCAUCCUUAAAAUACACACGAAAGUCUUUCACCCUCCUCCACUCCAUACCUCCAGAUAUAUUGAGACACAAACAGAAGUCAUUCUCUUUCUCCCUGUGCUUUCUACUGUGUAUGAAAUGUUUAAAGACAUGAUUGUAUAAUGAUAGACAGCGAAAAGUCUCUUGUUUUGGUCAGCAUAUUUCUGUUACCUUAGUGUGUUUUUUUCCUGAUUUCAGUGACUAAAAGGCCAGGUGGAACUGUAGUUUAACCUCUUGUACAAUAUUUUGUAAAUACUUCUUAAAUACAGAGAAAAUGUAUUUAUUUGCAGAUCAAGACAUGAAGGGGAAGUUAAUAUCAUCGGCAUUACACUUCGUACUGAAAUGUUUGUUUUCCUGUGUUUUAUUAUUAUUUUUUUAACAUAUCCAGUUCAUUUAGUGCUGUUACACUUAUUUAAUCAAAAUGGUUUAUGCUUCCUAAGACAACGGCUAAUAAAAAAUAGUGUUGUAACAUAUUGUGUGUCAUAUACAGCUUACCAUUUGGUGUCAGUUUGCAUCCUGUGAGCAUUUACCAAAAAAGAAAAGGAAAAACCAUAAAAACCAAUGGUUUUGUUAUGGGUCUUGGUUUUAAAAACAGCAAUAGUGUUGUGGGAUUCUCUGUAACUUCCUUAAAUAUCAGAUUAUCCGAAGUUGCUCUGAAGUAGGAAGCUUGGGGUUGACUUUGAGGAAGUGAGGAAGUCUUGAGAUUGUAAUGACUAAUAGCAUUUCAGUAUUCGCAAAAAAAAAUAUAUAUAUAUAUAUGUUUUCAGAAUUAAAGAAAACUGGAAAUGGAACAAUUCAGAUUUUUGUCAAAACCAGUAGUUUCCAAUGUUUAUGUCUGGUCAUCAGGAUUUUAUUUUCGCUCUGCUGUAAAGAUCUCACGUAUCCUAUUGAAGAGGAAUAUUUAUUGAGACCAUGUGAUAAGUGUAACAUUCCAAACGCUUGUACUUCCUUCAACAUUUUAGUGCAAGAAGUACUUCAAUAAAUAAGGAUGAAACA